AUGAAGCGGGGUGUGCCGAAUUCUGGCCAGCGCGUUCCUAGCCGAGAUCAUGUGCUAGCAAAGAUGGCCGCCGGGUGUGUGGAGAAGGAUAAAUUUGGAGCAAUUCACCCGUACUUAUCCCGACGAGCGACCGAAAACCAUGGGUCCUGGGAUCGAGACGAGCAGCGCUGUUCGGUGAGAGAUCUGUCCGAGCAGGUCCAACCCUUCCUCCACGGAAAUGCCCGUGACCUCUCGAGUCUCCUUCCCUCUGAGAUCUGGCUGUUAUUACUGUGGGCCACGGCUGAAGGAGAGGAGGGGAGUGCUCCAUACUAG